CUCGCCAGUCACCUCGAAAAGUGUUGCGUCUAUACAGCCGCUGGGGUGCCUGAUGACUCCGACUGUCAGCAAUAAUUGUUCGCAAGCGAUAGACAUUUGAUUUUCUCUGAAUGUAUCAACACCAAAGACAAUAAUAACACCUGGCAAAAAUGGCGACGCUCAGCACGUUGCCGAACGAGAUCAUCUUGAUAAUCACUAGCCACUUCGACAGGCCUCGCGACCUGCUCAACCUGGCUUUGACAAGCCGGCGCCUAUCAGAGUUCGCGAAGCUUGACGGAUGGAAAGCCCUGCUCAAGGGACGCUUCCAUAUCAGUGGUCUGGAUGCAGAUGCACGUAAUGCAGUGCACGGCUUGACAACAAUCUAUCGCAAUUGGGCAAGGAAGGGCUUCGUUGCCAGAUAUAUAGAACCUAGUACCGAGACAACAAGCCUGAACACGUGGGAGUCGGUGCCAUGGAGAGGGCCUCGGGGGCAAACCAUGGGCUACCAACCAAGUAUUGACAGCUAUGAAGAGACGCUUGGCUCAUGGGCUCAACGGAGGGAGGUUCUGGUAUGGUCUGCCGGCGCGCAGAUCGUCAUGCGAGCAAAAGAGGCGGGAUCAGGUCUCAAAGAUGAUACGCAGAACAAUACCAGAAUCCUCGACUCUUUUGGGCAUUUGAGUUCUUGGUACACAUACAAAAUCCCAGAGGGCAAUGAAGGUAGAGAUGAUAUCACAAGCCUGCGACUUCUUCGACCGCAUCAGAAAGAGCAAGGCUUCGAGUCUAUGGUAUUUGGCACAGCCUCUGGCCACCUUGCGCGGCUCGACGUCGAUGCACAGCAACGUCAAACGAUUGAACAGUAUUUCGAUACUGCUGAUCGAGCCGUCGGUGCUCUGACCGUGUCUUCCUCCAGCACCCCGCUAUUGGCUGCCACUCUUGGAGACACAUGCUUGUCGCUCUUUCCUUUGGACUGUGAUGUAUCAGAGAACUCAAUCGAGGCAGUAUCAGAAGGAGCCCGGACUGGUCGCAUCUGGUCUUGCCAGUUCUUGUCGGACGACAAAGUCGCCAUUGGAAUCGGCCCAAGCAGUGAGCCAAUCCAAGUAUACAGGAUCACCGCGGACGGCUUCCUAUCUGACCCAUACCGCUACUUUACACUAGGCACAAGCCGCAGCUCGCAGACAUCAGUAUACCCCAUCCUCCCCAUCUCUGGCCGCACACAAGGCGGAUCCGAUGCCGGCGACGUCUUCCUUUCCGGCGGCUACGACGGCAUCGUCAGACUGCACGACCUGCGCUCACCUCGCGACGUGGAAAGUCUCUACUGGGACCCCACAAACGACUCCUCCGUCUACUCCCUCGCCAGCCAGGGCCUCGAACGCAUCGUCGUCGGCGUCUCCAUGCACAGCAUGCUCAAAGUCUUCGACCUGCGUCUCGCCGGCUCCCACGCCUACCAACAAAUCACCCUGCCCCGCGCACCGCGCCCCCAGCGCCCUAACGACUACACCGCCAACACCAUCGUCGCUGACUCCCACCCCGCCGCUGCCGCGCUCACCGGCGGCUGGAAUCUCUACCUCAACCCGCGCACCCCGCCCCCCCGCGCCGCCUACCGCGAGGACUACACCCGAGCCCGCGACGACUCGCCCGUAUACAGCCUGUCCAUCCCCUCCCCCACGAGCCCAAAUCUGUACGCAGGCCUCGAAGCCGCGCUCACAAACCUGACCUUCCACGGCAUCGCAGACGCACAUCCAGACGCACUGCUCGCGGGCGCCGCGCCCACCGCCACCGCGGCGCUCGAUGUGGGCGCGAAGUACAACCCGCGCGCGGACGUGCUGAGGCUGGGCAUGUAUGAGCAGGGCGGCGAGGAGGGGCUGGGGAUGCAGUUGCUGGUGCAGGACGAGGUGAGCAGUGAGGGUGUGGCGCGCGGGUUGGCGCGUGGGGAGGAGAAGUAUGCGGGGUUGGAUGAGCGGUGGAGGGAUUUGAGGGAUGACAAGGAGCGGUGGACGAGGGGCGUUGUGCAGGGGCCGCGGCCUGGUGGGCGGGGUGGGAGGGGAGGGAGAGGACAGCGAGGAGGGAGGGGGAGGGGUGCAGGGCGCGGGCGCGGGCGCGGAGGGAAUGCCUAG